AUAAGUAUAUGCUUCAACUUCUAUUUCUAACAUUCAUCUCUUUAGCUCAUCAAUAAACUCCCUAGUUUAAUUUUUCCAUGUUCAAUGAUCCAUUUAAAUUGCAAUAACUCUAUUACCUCACUCGAUUCAUGGCCCUUGAAAAAUCUUUGAAUUUGACAGCUCAAAAAGCACAAGAAAAUGCCAAUUUCGCCUUAGAAUUGUGGGUUAACGCUGAAAAGUUUAUUAAUUAGACCUCAGAACAAAAGCAAAAUAAAUCUAUCCUAAACAUUGUCAAUAGUUCUCAAUUUUAAAGCAUUAUUCCAUAAGAUUAAGAAGGUUGGCAAGCAACUCAAAAUUAUCUGGAUGAAUGGAAAAACCAAACAGAUGUAUAAUCAAUUCUAUCAAUUUAUAGGAUAACAAAAGUAUAAUCUUAUAGUAUGUCUUAAUGAAUAUCAAUGAAAUGAUAGAAUCAGAUCCUGCUAAAUAUAACCAAACCAAUUUGAUUAAACAAUUAUACAAUCAAACCUACAUCCUUGAUAACAAUCAGAAGAACAAAAAUACUUCUAAAUAUAUUACUCCUUUCUCUUGGUAACAUGCUAAUGUGAGUGAGGAAGAAAUGAUUGUGGCACAUUUUUUUGAAAAUGCAAAAAGUUAAAAUAUAACAGUCUAAGAAUAUUUCAAUAAGCUAUCUUUUAUAGAAGCUGCAUCUGUAUUGAAUGCUUUAGAAAAAUUUUACAAUGCUUCUAGUAACAAUAAAAUACCUUCAAAAACUAUUAAUUCAAAGGGAGAAGAACCAACUAAUGAACCAUAAGAAUUACUCCCUGAAAUUAAACCUAAAGAUAGUAGUGAAGAUCAUCCUAUUUACUUGUAUGCGGUAUUAUCUUUAGUUUUCAUCGUGUUUGUCGUCACUUUGUAUUUCUUGAGAAGAUACUAUAUACAGUAAAAAAUCAUUUCAUUUUAAAUGAAUGAGGAAUCAAAUGCUUAAGAAUUACAGGCUUGA